AUGUGGUGGUUCUUCCGAAUCAUCGCCAGUGCCAUCUUCUUGUUGAGCAUAGUGCUUUCGAUACCCGUCGCCUUCGAUGUCGGUGGCAGGGACAGCGGCCUGGCAUACAGCCUUGCCCUUUGCGGCUUCUACUUUGUCUACUCGGCCAUCGCCGUCGUCACCCCCGCCGAGUCUCGCGUUCGCUGGGCGAUAUCUGUCAUUCUCCGCCUGUCGCAAUGGAUUAUCAUCCCUGGCCUCAUGAUUUGGGCCCUCGGCCGAUUCGCUGUUGAUGCUGGUGCUACCAACUGGGUGGAGCGGACGCUACAGGGUAUCACCACCUCCAAAUCGACGACAUGGGGCGAGUGGGUGUUUGGUGAGGGCGGCGUGGUCGAGACCAUUACCUUGGGCGGCUGGGAUAAGACGCUGCGGUACUCGAGCCCGGUCUUUCAACUGUUGGAAGGAUUCUGUACUCUGCUCGUUAUCCAGGCAGCGGGCCAGAUCACAAAGUGGCUCGUGAACAGAGGACGGAGCGAUACUUGGAUUAUCACCCUGCUCGCAAUUUCUGGCAGCGUUCUUGCUAGUGCCGUGUACUUCCUUUGGCGCGUAGCCCACUUCCCAUACAUCAACAACGUCGAUGCGAUCCUCAUUGGGGUUACCAUGACCUCGGCCUUCUUUCUUUGCGCGUAUGGCAUUGGCAGCGGCCGUGGAAACGCUCUCGAGUCAUCUCUGCUUUUCGCAUACGUCGUCCUUUGUGUCUACCAGAUCUUCACCGAUUACCUGCCCUCAGAAAAUACCGAAGCAGACCACCAGCAGUCGUCGCAACCCGACUUUCCGCCUCUACCACCAAUCAUCAUGGCCUCUUACUCUACUCUGCUGCACAUGCUCGGCUCCCUUCCGCACACCGUCCACUCGUCACUUACUCUUCUUUACGCUGCGUUCCAAACCAUCACCCCCUCAGUUAUCAUUUCGCUCGCUUUCCGACUGCUCGUCUUCUAUUGCGCCACCCGUAUCAUUCCCGCAGUACGUGAAUCUGGCGCCAGGGCUCUCAUGGAGGAGCCCUCUCUUGAGGACUCAGACGCGGCGAACUGGCUCCUUGGAAUCAUCACUUACUUCUCGCCCUCGAUCCUCAUCGCCAUGUACACCAGCCUGCUUCUGCAGCAUUUUUCGACCAGCGACGGGCCCGACGGCUGGACGCUUAGAGGCGGCGACCCUGGCGGUAACGUAUGGCGGUGGACGAAUGUAGUUGCAACGAUGACCCUGUAUGCGAUCGAGCUGUACUUGGGCAACGAAGACCACGACAGUGGUUUGACAAAUCAUUGGAAGCUGGACUAA